CUUGAAGCAGGGUUUAGUUACAAUCGAUCUUGGGGGGAAAAUAUUGCCUAUGGUCCAAAAAUAAGGAGCAACUAUGUCCUUCUCUCAGUUCGGAUACCCCUACAGCACCACUUCACAGUUCUUCGUGCCCGCCAGCCCCAGCACGACCUGCUGCGAGGCCGCGCCCCGCUCCGGGCCGGAUGCCUCCUCGGCGCCGGCCGCCGCCUCGCUGUGCUGCGCCCCGUACGAGAGCCGGCUGCUGGCGCCCGGCCGCGCCGAGCUCAAUGCGGCGCUGGGCAUGUACAGCGCCCCGUACGCCGCCGGCCAGGGCUACGGCAACUACCUGCCCUACGGCGCCGAGCCCGCCGCGCUCUACACCGCGCUGAACCCCCAGUAUGAAAUCAAAGACGGCGCCGGCACGUUGCACUCGGGGAUCGCGCAGCCCGCUACCUACUACUCCUACGAUCAUUCCUUGGGGCAGUACCAGUACGACAGGUACGGGACGGUGGAUUUCGGUGGUUCGGCCAGACGCAAAAAUGCAACGCGAGAGACGACGAGUACCCUCAAGACCUGGCUGUACGAGCACCGCAAAAACCCCUACCCCACCAAAGGAGAGAAAAUCAUGCUGGCUAUCAUCACUAAAAUGACCCUGACUCAAGUGUCCACUUGGUUUGCUAACGCCAGAAGGAGGCUUAAGAAAGAAAACAAAAUGACCUGGUCUCCCAAGAACAAAGCGGGGGAAGAGAGGAAAGAAGAAGCCCCGAGGGAAGAGGAUGAAUACAGUGCGGAGGGUGAAGGCAGAGCAGAGCAGAAGAGCUACAAGGAGGACAAGGACCUGCGGUUCAGCGACCUGGAGGAGGAGGAAGAGGAGGAGGAGGAGGCGGGGAAGCCGGAGAAGGGCCGGACCAGCUCCCUGCAGGAAGCCCCCAUGCUGGGCGCGGCGCUGCCCGAGGCUCUGCGGAGCGACUGCAGCCUGCCCGGCCCCUUCCACGCCUUUCCUUGUGCCAAGGCCCCCGGCGUGGACUUCCUGAACGCCACGAAGCCGUCAGUGAGCUCGGAGCUCUGCAGCCGGGAGCCGGCGCAGCCCGGGAGGAACGGCCCCGGGCACCCGCCCCCCGGCCCGGGGCACGGCCGGGGCACCCCCGGGCAGCGGGUGGCGACCGGGCGGCGAAGUAGGACGUUGUUAGUGGGUCACCGCCGUCAGGAAAUCAAUCUUGAAUAUCGAGUAGGCUUCUAUAUGUUUACCAAAGGCUACUCAAGUCGAGUGGGGCUGCGUAACUGGGAGCCCUCUGGGUUUGCGACCGGAGAAGCAAUUGGUAGGGGAAAGGAGGAGCUGCAGGUCAGCGCAGGGAGAUGUGACGGGGCUGGCCCCGGCUUCGGCCCCGGUGACAGCCGCGGCCCUUCCCGGGAGCAGAGCAGUCCCGGCUGCGGGGGCACGGUGAAAGAAGGCAAACUUUGUCGGGCUUUAGAGGUUCCGGGGGGAGAGGGAGGGGGAGGUCAGUGCACACGAGGGCAGCAGGUGACGGCGGGGCUGGGAGCGGGGCUGGGAGCGGGGCUGGGCCCGUCGGAGCCCCGCCGCAGAUGCUCGGCCACGGGGCUUUCCCGCACUCCGGAGCAGCCCCGGACAAGAGGCGGCGCAGCAGCAGCAGCAGUCUGUUUCAUUGACCCGAAGCUUAGAGAAGGGGAAAUUAAGCUGCGAAAAGAUAAACAUUAUUUCAAGUCGGAUUUGAAGGAUUAG